AUGGCAACCGACGAAGUGAACGCGCUCAACCUCCUCGACUUGCCCGUGGAUAUCCUCAGUCUCAUACUUAAACCACUUGUCACAAGCUCUACGCCUAUUCAGCUCUGUCCUUGUACUCCAUCACCCAUCGAUCCUCUACCCAUUCUGCUCUCUCAUCCAGCACUACACAACAUCGCUGCACCGUUGCUAUAUUCAGGAAACGAGUUCUUACUGGAUGCCACGGGUCCUCAUGCGCAGCACAUCCGCAGAGAACUGCAGACCGUCCCCUCCGGAGCCGAUGAGAGACUUCCCGGCCGAGCGAGUCUGCUCACAACGCCAGGUGCACUGCGUAGGAUUGCGAGAUUGGAGCUAAGGAUUGACCGGCUUAGAGGGUGGCUCGGAUCGGAUGUGGUGCCGUUGCUGACAGAGCUGGCCGUGCAGGGAAGGAUGGAUUAUCUCACCAUUUGGGUGCGCACUCCCGCUGAACCGAGAACGCCAAUGUGCUUCCAGCCUGUGAAGCACGAGAAGGACAUGCAGAUGUUUGCUCGACCACCUCUGGAAGGGCUGCUACGAGUAUUGGCAGAUCCGUAUCUGAUAUCAGCGCAACUUUGGGUAGACGCUCAGCAUCCAAAGACCUGGUGCCGGUUCCAUUCCGGAGGAUGCGGAGCCGAAGGUGGAUACCCGGGGCCGGAAGGGGAACGAUCACGGUGUGUAGAGAUUGAGUGGCGGGAGAUAAUCCGGCUCGUUGAUCCUGAGAGGAAGGAGAUCACUGUCAUUGGGACGGAGAAGAAGUGGUGA